UUUUUGAGCUUUUUCCACGGAAUUUAUUUAAUUAUGCAAUAUUUUACAAAGCUUCAAUUUGGAUCCAACUGUUCGUUCAACUUUCUGGCAAUACGUCCUGAGCAUGUCAGUGGUGGGAACGUACCAAUUUGGGAUCAAUCAGACCAGCAUCCAACGCUUCCUGGCGCUGUCGGACAUGCGAAAGAUUCGUUUUGCUAUUUGGGGCCUCACCAUUGCCUUCAGCCUCAUCCUCUUCCUCUCCCAGACCAUUGGGACUGUCAUCUAUGCCACGUACGAAGCGUGCGAUCCCUUCCGGUCGGGGCAGGUGCAGAAGAUCGAUCAAAUCCUCCCGCACUACAUCGAGCACACUGCCAGCAUCUUCCCCGGCUUCACGGGGAUCUUCAUUGCGGGCAUCUUCUCGGCCAGCCUCUCGUCCACUUCGUCCUUCCUCAAUACUUUGAGUGGCAGCAUCUACGACGACUUCCUGGCGCAAAGAUUCUUCCACACAGCCACCGAAUCACGUGCUAGUAACAUCGUCAAGCUCAUUGUGGUCCUCCUCGGGAUUUUGCAGAUGUUCCUGUUGCUGCUCAUUGAAAAACUGGGAACAAUCUUUAAGAUGACAACGCAUGUUUAUUCUUUAUCUACUUCCUCCAUUCUUGGGCUCUUCACCCUUGGAAUGUUGAGCCGAAAAAUUAACACAAAGGGUGCUCUCUGUGGCUCCACUGUAUCCAUUCUGGUGGUGGUGAUGGUCAUUGUGGGUGGGCAGUACAAGAAACCUGAUCCGAUGCUACCCCUUCGAACGGAUGGAUGUGAUUUGGGUGCUUCAAACACCACCAAUUCCCUCCUCCUCAUGGAUGGAUUGACAACGACCACGAUGAAGCCGCCUCUGCAUGAGGAGGCAGCUGAAGACAUUCCGUGGAUUUUCCGGAUUCAUUUCUUGUACCACGCCCUCAUUGGCUUCCUCCUGAAUCUCCUUGUGGGCUACACUGUGAGCCUCUUCACUGGUGGGAAUCGCACUCCAGUGGAUGAGAAGCUCCUUGCUAAAUUCCUCCGGAAGAAAAGUCACAACAGUGCAAGUGAAAAAGAAGAGGAAGAAGCUCUCAAACCUAUCCCUAAUCCAUACAAUAAAACCUCUUAACAGGAUCGUUCAUCAAGAGAAUAAAAGAAGUUUUUUUUACCAAUAA